AUGUCAACGCUAGAAGAGGGUUGUGAAUGCCUUUUUGGCCUUAUUGAAAGUGGAAAAAAAAACAGAGGAGAUACCCAUGUAAUUGUCCUCCCUAGCUACGUUGCUGUGCUUUGGCAAGCUGGCAACUAUGAUAGUUGGUUGUUUCUAAAGAUCUCUUUCUGUAUGUUCAGUUGUAUUCUGCUGCCAAUUUGUGAUAAUGGUCACUGGAUUCUCAUGGUUGUGUCACCGUCUGAAAGGAUUGUAAGGGUGUAUGAUUCUCUUCAUGGAGACCAUCAAAAAUACUUCAGUCACUGGCUGUCCUUCAUGCGUCUCCGAAACAAAGCUAGUGUGGAGAAGCUUGAAAACUGGCAGUUCGUCAGUGGUUGCUCUAGCAAACAAGAAGAUGGUAACAACUGUGGCAAUUUUGUCCUAAUGGCUAGUAUGUAAAUGACAUCAGGAUAGUUCAUUUGUGGGGAUCUUUGUGUGUACAACUUUGUCUAU